GGUUCACUUUCUUUAACCCUUCCGCGGCCAAACACCGUUCUCCUCCUCUCUCCAAGAAGCGCGCAUUGCUCAGGAGCCUCUUUCCCCCUCUCCCGAAGAAGGGAGCCGGCAGGGAAGCACGUCUGGGUUGGUUUGUGUGUUUUCCUUUCCCCGUCUUUCCCCCCAGGCCAAAACUCCUCUCAAUUGUUUUUUCCCAGAAGUAUUUCUAUACCACCAUCUCAAUACGCUCCACUGUGUUGAGGGGAAUCGGAGCCCAAGAACCUCUGGAGGGCCGAAGGUGCCUCAGUCAACCCUAAAACGAAACAAGCAACAGCAACAGAAAAGUUUUUAGCAAGCGCGGAGAACUGUACAGGAAUAAUGGACUGCCUAAGUCGAUCCCGACUUCUCGCGACCGCUUCUUCAUGCGUCAAGUUCCUCGCCUGCAUGUCCUCAGCAUACCGGUGGCGGUCCUCGGAUGACAAAAGGCUCCCCGCGCGAAGCGCCUUUCUCGGGCAGAGGAGGAGAAGGUUGGCCGCGGAAGGGUUAAGGAAAGUGAACUGGGCUCCUAGAGAGGAAGGGGAUUUGCGGUGAGGGAGGCAGGGGUCCUCCCGAGCGACUUGGGAUCCGCUUCCCGCCGCGCCUUCGCUGCUGGACUCUUUGCCAAGGGCUGCGCUUGGUGCCUCCCUCCCGGGAUCGGCAGGAAGAAAAUCGGGAGCGGAGAAAAUGCCUCCGUAGAGCAGAGCUGGUGGAUCCCAAUUCCUGUGGGGCGCAAAACUGGUGGUCUUCCCCGGCACUGUUGGGAACAGGAAGCUGCCCCUGGUGAAUCGUUGAUCUGCUCCCGCAAGGCAGCUCCUUAGCUGUCAGAGGAGUGGAACCUCCAUGUGUAGAGGACAUGGUAGUACCCCAAAUAAGGACAGCAUUUGGCAGAUGUGAGAGAAGUCUCUUGGGCCCUGUCGGAGGCUUCCUUGGAGCACAGAAAUCAAAGAUGGAAGACUCAGCUUGCCCUGAAGCAGGAAGAUGUCCAUAUAUCAUCCAUGCUGGGAGCCCUGGGGAAUUCUGGGAAAGAACCAGGCAGAUGAUCCUGGGUGAGGACACCCUUAGCUCAGAUGUACAGUGCUGGCGUUUCAGGCAGUUCUACUACCAGGAGGUCAAAGGGCCCCGAGAUGUAUGCAGCCGACUCCACCACCUUUGCCAUGAGUGGCUGAAGCCAGAGUGCCACACAAAGAAUGAGAUGUUGGACCUGGUGAUCCUGGAACAGUUCCUGACUGUCCUUCCACCAGAGAUGGAGAACUGGGUGAGGGAAUGUGGAGCGGAGACCACUUCCCAGGCAGUGGCCCUGGCAGAAGGUUUCCUCCUAAGCCGGGCAGAGGACAAGAAGCAGGCAGAGCAGAAGGUGAAGGGUCUGUUUGCAGAAGUGGCCACUGAUUUCCUGGAGUCACAGGAGGCACUGUUGGGGGCCAGAGAGUUUUCCCUGCAAAGGGAGACCAUUUGGGAGAGUGACAGAUGUGCCACCUCAUUCGGUGAUGAAAUGAGGCCAGCAAGACCUCCUCAACCGUCUCUUCUUUGUGGUGGAGAAGAAGAAGCUGCUGUGAAGGAGGACCAGGGUCCCGUGUCCUUUGAGGAGGUGGCUGUGCAUUUCACCGAGGAGGAGUGGGCCCUGCUGGAUCCUGACCAGAGGGCGCUGCACAGGGAAGUCACGGAGGAGAAUGGUCGGAUUCUCACCUCACUCGGUUAUGAAUGGGAAACCGAGAAUCAGGGAGAACUACAUGGGAUGUUCCCCAAAGGAGCCGCGUGUCUUAAGGGGGAGCAGCAGAGAAGGAGGACUGUAGAAGAGAAGAGGAGGAAUAAAUCCCCUACUUCUCAGGGCAGUGACGGCCAUCAAAUCCCAAUCCAAGAGAUCACUACACAUCAAAGAACUCAAACAGUGGAGAAAUCAUAUAAAUGCUUGGAAUGUGGAAAGAGCUUCACACGUAAGGAUAGUCUCUCUACACAUCUAAGAAACCACACAGGAGAGAAACCAUAUAAAUGCUUGGAGUGUGGAAACAGCUUCCGUCAGCAGGCACAUCUCACUUCUCAUCAAAGAAUUCACACAGGAGAGAAACCAUUUAAAUGCCUGGAGUGUGGAAAGAGCUUCACACGUAAGGAUAGUCUCACCACUCAUCAAAGAAUUCAUACAGGGGAUAAACCAUUUAAAUGUUUGGAGUGUGGAAAGAGGUUCUUUUCAAAGGCAGACCUCACUGUUCAUCAAAGAAUUCACACAGGGGAUAAACCAUACAAAUGCUCUGAAUGUGGAAAGAGCUUCAUUAGAAAGUUUCAUCUCACUUCUCAUCAAAGAAUUCACACAGGGGAUAAACCAUACAAAUGCUCUGAAUGUGGAAAGAGCUUCAUUAGAAAGUCUCAUCUCACUUCUCAUCAAACAAUACACACAGGGCAGGAACCACUUAAAUGCUUGGAAUGUGGAAAGAGCUGUCUGAAGACAAAUCUCACUUUUCAUCAAAGAAUUCAUACAGGGGAGAAACCAUUUAUAUGCUUGGAGUGUGGAAAUAGCUUCACAUGUAAGGAGAGUCUCAAUACUCAUCAAAUAAUUCACACAGGGGAGAAACCAUAUACAUGCUCUGAAUGUGGAAAGAGCUUCCGUCAGCAGGCACAUCUCAGUUGUCAUCAAAUAAGACACACAGGGGAGAAACCAUUUAAAUGCUUGGAGUGUGGAAAGAGCUUCAUACGUAAGGGUAGUCUCAUUUCUCAUCAAAGAAUUCACACGGGAUAAACCAUUUAAAUGUUUGGACUGUGGAAAGAGCUUAUUUUGGAAGAUGGAGCUCACUACUCAUCAAAGAGUUCACAGAGGGGAGAAACCAUAUAAAUAUAAGCGCUUCAUUAUAAAGUCUCAUCUCAUCAAACAAUACACACAGGAGAGGAACCAUAUAAAUGCUUGAGGUGUGGAAAGAGCUUCACACGUAAGGAUAGGCUCACUACUCAUCAAAGAAUUCACAUAGGGUAGAAACCUUAUAAAUGCUCUGAAUGUAGAAGGAGCUUCAUUAGAAAGUCUCAUCUCAUUUCUCAUCAAAGACUUCACACGGGAUAAACCAUUUAAAUGUUUGGAGUGUGGGAAGAGCUUCUUUUGGAAGACAGGCCUCGCUACUCAUCAAAGAAUUCACACAGGUGAGAAACCAUAUAAAUGCUUUGACUGUGGAAAUAGCUUCCAUCAGCAGGCACAUUUCACUUCUCAUAAAACAACACACACAGCGGACGAACCAUUUAAAUGCUUGGAGUGUGGAAAGAGCUUCUGCUUGAAGAAAACUCACUUUUCUUCAAAGAACUCACACAGUAGAGAAACCGUUUAAAUGCUUGGAAUGUGGAAAGAGCUUCAUGCAUAAGGAUAGUCUCACUACUCAUCAAAGAAUUCACACGGGAUAAACCAUUUAAGUGUUUAGAGUGUGGAAAGAGCUUCUUUUGGAAAACAGACCUUACCGCUCAUCAAAGAAUUCACACGGGAGAAACCAUAUAAAUGCUCUGAAUGUGGAAAGAGCUUCUGUCAGCAGGCACAUCUCACUUCCCAUCAAAGAAUUCAUACGGGGACAAACCAUACAAUUGUUUGGAGUGUGGAAAGAGCUUCACGCGGAAGAGGAGUCUCACUUCACAUCAAUAUAUUCACACAGGCGAGAAACCAUUCAAAUGUUUGUAGUGUGGAAAGAGCCUCUGUCUGAAGGCACAGCUCACUUCUCAUCAAAGAAUUCACACGGGACAAACCAUACAGUUGUUUGGAGUGUGGAAAGAGCUUCACGCAGAAGAGGAAUCUCACUUCGCAUUAGUAUAUUCACACAGGCAAGAAACCAUGUAAAUGCUUGAAGUGUGGAAAAAUCUGUCAGAAGGCAUAUCUCAUUUUGCAUCAAAGGAUUUAUACAGGGAAGGAACCUUAGAAAUGCAUGCCCUACUCAUCAAUUAAUUCACAACAGAGAAACUGAAUAAAUGCUUGGAAUGUGGAAAGACACGCCACACUUCUUAUCAAAAGUGUUCAUAGAAGAGGGCAGUCUGGAAGAGGGUUGAAUAUGAUUCUGUCACUGUUUAACCUUCAUUUCAGAUUGGAGAUAGGGUGGUGAGGGAUGUGGCCUGGAGGAUGGAGGAUGGCUUCUGCGGGGAUCUGAGAGCCAGAUGGUGAGGCCUUGAGACCCACAUUCAUCUCCCAAGCCUAAGGUUCCUCAACUCUGCUGUAGACAGAGAUUAACAGAUACCACUCCACCACACACGUUCCCAGAAAGCCAACGCCCAUGUUUGAAAAAUUGAAAAUGUUAUUAAUUAUAUUCUCAGUGGGCAUAAAUAAAGGGGUCUAUCACCAGGGGUUUCUCAGAGUGGGAUAGAAUUCACCCCCACAAUGAGGUUUGUAAGAGUUUUCCAUUGCAGUACUACAGCUGCAUCCUGUUUUGCUCUGAGUGGGAUGAAAUUGAGAAGUAUAGCAUCACAAUGGAGUAUGUGUGUGUAAGCCUAAAAUGCAAAAUAUAUUCAGCCUAAGGGUUUUGACAUAAAUUAAUAUGUUAUUAGGUGGGUUUGGCACACCAGGAAAGUAUGUCGCUCCCUGACCAUACAGAGAUGGACCCUGUGUUGUCUGAACCUAACAUUUAGGACCAGAAGCCUGAGCAUUGCUUUUGGGGAAAGGGGUGUGUCCCUCUGCUGAGUUCCACCGCUGGCAGAGUAUCAAGGAUCUUUCUCAGUACUUGUAAGUAUCCAUUUUUAGUAGCUUUGCUGUCUGAAAGUGAGUGUGUGUAUGCUUGUAUUAUUUUUUCUGAUUUUAAUAAAUAAUUUAUAUCUUAGGUCAUGGUUUUAGCAUUGUUUGCAAUAAAUCAAAGUUGUGAAUUGGGAGGGGAGGAGUUUUGGCUGACAUAGAGGAGGCUUACGUUCUUUGGCCUCUGGGCUGGCAGUGAGUUCUGAGUAGUGGAAAUCAUCCAUGGAGGAAUGUCCCAAACACCCCAAUGCCUUUUGCUUCUAUCCAUUUUCUAUUCUGUCCCCCAUUCACUGCCUCCAAUAUCCUCACUUUUAUUUCAGGUCAAGGGACUGUUUGCAGAAGUGGCCACUGAUUUCCUGGAGUCACAGAAGGCGCCAUCAGAUGCCAUUCUUUUGAGUUUUUCACCUGUUCAGACUAGAGCAAUAGCAUUCAUCCAGUUAUAAUUUGUUUUAGCUCCACAAAGAUAUUCUAGGUUGUCUACAGUUCUUUUCUACAUCAUGAGUGGUGGCAUCUUUCUGUAUUGCAUAUCUU